UGUGUGGUCAACCCUGGACCAUAGGAAGACAAGAUGAGCUGGACAGACAGAUUCAACAACCCUGGGUACAAGAACUGGCUACGGGUGGGGAUAGCCUUGCAGGUCACCCGAGAUGGUCUGGUUCAUGUUGCUUUGCAGGCAGCAAAUAAACUGCAUGCAGAGCUGAAAGCCAAGCUUGGAGACGGUGUAGAAAACUGCAGUUGUAACACAAAGAAAGGACAGGAAUGUGAGGAUUGUGCGCCAUGGCGAGAGGAGUUGAAAAGAAAUUACUACAUAGGCGAAGCAAGUCGGAUUGGCUGGUCCAACUGUACUCCCAGCAAGUGGAGCAAGGAACCAUGGGAAGUGGCAAAAGUGUUCAUGCCCAAGGAUCCGACAGCAGACAAUACUGGUCCUGAGAAGUCAGAUCCUGCAGCACUGUUGAACUUCCUUAUACACUGCACAUACUGCAAGAAAUAUGUCAGUGUUAAGCCCUCACAAAAGGUUAUUGAAGUCCGCAAUAAGGCUAUGCAUUCCAAGGACCUGACAUUUGACCGUCAGACUUUCAACGAGUACAUGGACAAAAUGGACAGACUGCUGAGGCUGGUCAAAGAUCCACUGACACUGGCCGCAGACAUCACAGCAAAGAAGGCAGCAGAUGAGAUUUUAAAGAUCAAGAAAGGAGAAUUUCACAUAGGUCCCAACAAAGAUUGCCUGGAUGCCGAGAUUCGUGUGCUCAGAGAGUUCAUGGGGGAGCAGGAGCAGUUGCUUCAGCUUCAUGAGGAACAGUUGGAGGAUCAUGGGACUCGACUCGACACCCUUGAGAAAAGCAUACCACCUGUGGAAGAGGUUCUACAAACACUACUAGAGGGCCCCAUAUUGGACAUUGUAAACAACAACCCUGACCUGCAACACUUGAAAGACCAGGCAAUGGCACUGUCCACCAUCGCACAACAGCUCCAGGACAGACUAGAUCAGCUGGAAGAGACGGUGGCUGAACAUGGGGAACAAAUCAGUGAUGUACAAGAGAGGCUAGAUCAGCUUGAAGUACCAUCUAGGAGCACCACAUUCUCACGGGGUAUGACAUUGUGCACCAUGGCAAUUGUUUUGAUCUGUUUGGGUGCCCCUGUCUACUUUUUGCAACCUUCAAAGUCUACAGCUGAUGGAGCAUCCCUAUUGGCCCUCUUCCCUCGUCGAAUGAAAACAUUUGUAGGAAGAGAAGAUGUCUUCAGCAGGAUUGACACCUGUCUUCAAGGCAACCAGACCUGCCUCAUCAAAGGGCUGGGUGGUGUUGGGAAGACAUCAGUAGCCAUUGAGUACGGACACAGACAGGCUCAGAAGUACCCCAGCGGGGUGUUCUGGCUCAAGUUAGCAAGUAAACCGGACCUGUGUGCCAGUAUGAUUCCGUAUAAUCAGAGCUUGUCUGUUCUUGUGAGUGGGGAUGAACCUGUGAAGAGUAACACUAACAAUGAUCUGAGGAGCUGUGAGUCUGUUAAGAAUCUACUUAAACUGUACUUGACAAGGUCUGAGGGUUGGCUCUUGGUAGCUGAUGAGGCAGCUCGACGGAACAUGACAGAACUUGGAUCCCUGCUGCCACACAACUUGAAAGAAAACAUGCAUGUUUUGUUGACUUCUCGGGAAGGUCUAAUGCUAGAUUCACAGAGUAUUCCAGUGGUCAAUCUUCUGCCAUUUAAUGAAACUGAGGCCCAGGAAAUGUUUAACAGAACAGUCAGACCAAGCAGCAAGAAAGACAGGAAGGAGAUCAAACAUCUCGCAGGAUCCCUCGGACACCACCCUCUGGCCUUGCAGUUUGCAUUUGCGUACAUAAAAGCGACUGAUUGCUCGGUUAAAGAAUAUCAUGAUAAAUAUACUCAGGGCAAUGCAACGGAGAAGGUAGACUUGCUAGAUGAAGAGGGCAUUGACAGAACGAUACGACGACUGUUUGAUAUUACUUUCCAAUACAUCUCACAACUGUCUAGCAAGGCUUCUUACUCGCUUAAGCUUUUAGAUAUGACAUCAUUUAUGGGCCCAGAUUGCAUCCCCUGCCCAGAACCUGACAAUGAGCAUUUUUCAAAACUCAUCAAUAUUUCUGGCAAAUUAGACAAACUGGAUAUCAAAAAAAUGAUCUCAGUCCUCAAAAAAUUUUCCCUCGCUUCUGAUUGCAGUGCCUUCUAUCCUUGUGCUUUCAGUGUGAAUAGGAUAGUACAAGAGGUCAUUGUGGCACAAAUGAAUGAAUCCACCAAACUCAGUCAUCUAGAAAAUGCAUUAGAAUAUUCCACAUUGUUACUAAGGCAGAGUGAUGACACCUCAGUUGUCCAGUCAGAGCUCCUGAUGGCUCAUGUGCAUCAUCUGGCCUUAAAUGUUGAAAGGUACCAAACAAAAAUCUCAGUCAACAGUUCAUGCAUUUUCUUGAAUAAGUCUGCCGAGUUUUUCUCCCAAUGGGGUGCAUGUGCAGAGGCUUACUAUUUUCUUCAUGUUGAACAGUUACUAUUAUUCAGACAUAAUUCUACCCUACAGAAUCUGUGCUAUCACCUUCGUGAUCAUGUAAACUUUCUUCAGAAAAUUCUGCUGCCAUGUUUAUACAGUGGUAAUGUGUCUAGAUCUUCUGCAUUCAUGGGAAACAUAGCAGAAAACCUGUUUUGGGCAGGGUUAAUGCUGGAAAAAAAGUCAUCAUCAUACAGUAUUGAAGAUGCAUGGAGUACUUUGUGUUUUGAUGUCAAAGAAUCAUUAGAAAGGACAACUUUGUAUAUUUAUAAGAGUCUAUUCCAACUUAUCCCAGAUGGAAAACUGGCUGACUUAAAUAUGACCGAGAUUGCCCCUUCCCUUUUGUUCAAAGAUGCUACAGGUUACAGAUUACGUAUGGAGAUCAGGCAGCUGAAUAAUUACUAUGCUCGGGGGUGCCAAGGAUCCACCACAUGUACUUUUGAUACAAGCAUGGUUUGGAACCUUUUUAGAUUAACCAUUGCUCUUGCAGGGAUACCACUUCGGCAGGCAGCUCAUGAGCUGAAUUGGUUUUUUGAUUUAAUUGGGUUUGAUACUAUAGAAUUCUGUUCUCAAGUACCGUGCAGUGACAAAUCAACUGCCGAUAAUGAGGUCAUAAUAUACUGUUGCGAUCUGAUAGAGACGAUCAGAAGUGAAUUGCGUGAUUUAAGGAGUACUGUUGAGAACUCAACAUCAAGUGUUAACAUGGUUCUGUUGGAGUACUAUCAGUUAAUGGACACAUCUACAUGUACCAAUAGAUAUUAUGAAGUGAUGCUAGGGCUGCCCAGGGAGAAUAAAGAAUUUGAUAUUCUAGAAUUUGCUUAUUAUGAAGGAAAUGAACUGUUAGGGGAUCCAGGAGUUGUGAAAAGUGUCCUGUCUCAGAAAGCGAAUGCUGAAAAAGGGAGUAGAAAUCCAGGUGCAGUUUCACCUUUAUCAUACUUAGCAUUCCAUCAGCAAGUUAAGUGGAAGUAUCAGCUAGCCACUAAGACACGUCAGCUUAGGCAAGCUAUUGAUGAAAACAUAGCUCAAGGGGCUGAUGAGGAUCAAUUAAAUGUAUUUCCAAUCAUACAAAACUGCUCAGUUCUGUCAGUUACUUUAGCUGAGGUGGAAAAAUACAGUAAGACCACAUUAACGCAACUACGAGUACAAGUACUAGAUCAAUUUCUCAGCAUAUUCAAGGUACUGCUAGGUAGUUGUCAUAGACUACAGUCAAUAAAUAACAGGAUGUUAGAUGCGAUGGACCUUAUCAGGGAUAAAAAGGAGAUUAAAAAAUUUAGAGAAAUGUUUAUGAAACACAUCAGUGACUUCUCACAUAGUUUAAGUGAACUUGUAAAAGUUAUUCAUGGUAAUCACUUUGUGACAUCAGACUGUAUGUGUUUCUCUCCUUCCAUAAGAUCAGUUUUUGGCUGUGAGAAUGUUUUUCCAUUCAUUUUGUGGGUUUGGAAUGUUCAACAGAUCAUGACCAAAAAUGUGGACUGUUCACUGGAUCAUCCGAACCUCAAUUUGAGUUGCUUUUCCAACUUAAUGUCUGGUUCAAAAGAAUAUGUGAGGAAGACCCUAGAAUGUUUCUUCCCAUCUAAAGAAAACAUGGAAAUGCAGUUUGGACAGCCUAUUUCUGAUGGAGGAGAAAAUUUUAAGUUUUAUCAGAGAGAUAGUAAAGUUGUUGGUUUGGCUGACUAUUCUUCUACAAUAAGACAUAUAAUUCAUGAUGACCAUGACAGAACUGGUUGAAAACAAAAAUCUGUGUAGAUUCAUAUACAUGUACAUUUGUAGUGCAGGUAGACAUCAGAAAUAUCUGUACAGCUCCA